CUGAUGUGCGAGUGAGUGGUGCUCUCUUUCUCUCGUCUUUUGUCGUUUAUUAGCAUAGCUAGUCUUCGAUCCAGGACUUCAUUUCUCGCCCAUUUUCUGUCCAAACCGUAUCCCCCAAAACAGCUUCAGAAGCAAGAGGUAAAUGGAUGAAGAUUCUAGUGGCGUUGUUUGAUUUCGAUCCACACGUAGUUACAGUUUCGUAUUGAAGCUGCUUUGUGUUGGUGGCUUUGUGGUGGGGUUUGGAGGGAGAGUAAGAAAGUGAAAAAAAAAAAAAAAGGAAAAGAAAGAGUGAACGGCCUAUUGUUGUUAUAUAUGCUGAAGACUAAGUUAAAGAUAAGGCCCAGUGGUAGCGGUAGUAAUAGAGCUUGUGACUGUUGGAAAAACAGCACAAGAAGAGAGAACCUUUUUAUCAGAUGUUAUCCAUUGAAAACUCUCCAUCAGAUCCCUCGUGCACUUGCGAUGUUUCCCAGCUGAAAUCUGGUAGUGAUGAGAGGGCCUCUCAUAAGCUUCCCUUGCCAGAGGUAGAUCUGUCCAAGCGAGCCCUAUUUGGUGAAACCCCACUUCCCAAAUUCUCCAUAAGGGAUUAUGUUUUUAUUACCCGAAGCAAGGAUAUCAAGACGAAUUGGCCUUUUUCUUUGAAAAAUUUGCAACUUUGCUUGAAACAUGGUGUGAAGGAUGUGUUGCCGCCAUUUCAGCAUCUUGAUAAAGUGAGGAACGAAUGCUUUCAGGAAAGUACGGUUGGAAGUAGCACACUUGAGAAUAAAAACUUGAAGAAUAUUGUUGGAGAGCUGUCUGGGCCGCCUAAUGAUUAUACAGUAUUAGACUUGUCUGUAAAUGCUCAAUUGAAUCAGAAACCACCAGAAGCUUUUAUAGAGACAACAACUUCACGUAGGUCUGAAGGAGAAAAUGAUCUCCCAUCCACAAGAAGUUUUUCUCAAUCUGAUAUAGAGUCACUUCCCGCUAAUGGGCUGUCUAGCUCAUCUUUAGACCCUGAUACAUUGCAUGAAGACUCAGUCGACGUUGAAGCUGAAGGUCUUGCUCCGGCCCACCAGAUUGAAAGCACAACCCGACCCUCUAAUAAGAAGUGCAGAUUGGUAGUAAAAUCUGGUGCCAACUCUGAUCGUAACUUGACUGAAGAUAUUGCUUCAAAUUGUACUACCGUAUCAGAAUUAGCAAUGGCUUCAAAGCUAUGCCCUGUUUGCAAAAUUUUCUCAUCGUCCUCGAACACCACCUUGAAUGCUCACAUCGAUCAGUGCCUGUCUAUGGAGUCAGUUCCUAAGUGGAUGGCUGCAAAACUAACCAAGCACAGAUUUAAGCCAAGGAAGACUAGAUUAAUGGUGGAUAUAUAUAAGACAGCCGCAAGAUGCACAUUAGAAGAUCUUGAUAGAAGAAAUGGCACGAACUGGGCCACAGUUUCAAGCUUGACUAUGCGGGAUAAUGACAAGUCUGAGAUGCCUGCAGAAGGGAAAAUGCAAAGGAUGUUGCUGGUUCAUACUCCGGAUAGUGGCAAUGUCGGUGCAGUUUAUAUUGAUUCCAGUGGCACUAAACUCAGGAUUUUAUCCAAGUUUGAUGAUGCACCAUCAGUGUCUCAAGUGAGUGAGGAGCUUGGAACAAGAAAACGCUCAAAGGGAGGUAAAGGAAGUAAACUUCUUCCAGCCAAAAAGAAGAAGUCCCUUGCGCCCAAACAUCAUAAGUACCUCAAACUUGCACUUCAAAGCAAAAAAAAAUUCUCUCGCAGGGCCCAUUCUUCUCAGAUUUAUGGUGGUCAACGAGUGGAAGAAAGGUGCAAGAAGAAUGAACAUCAGGCAAAGAAUCAAGUUAAACCCAGCGAUUCUGGGAAUUUGAGACAUUGGGUAUGCUCCAAAAGAACUGGAGUUGCAAAAGAAGUCAGUAGAAAAGAUGCCCAUCAACCUCUGAGUGAGAGUGAUCAAUUUUGUUUUGGUGAUUCUCUCGUGGAGAGAAGUCGGGUUUCAAAACUUGCAAAUUUGUCUCAGAACCCAAUUUUUUCUCCUGAGAAAAGUGAGAGAAUGAAGAGUCCCUUUUCUGAAGGCCAAGCUAGUGACAAGAGGCAGCGAUCUCCAGGGAGAAAGCAAGUUGGAAGUCCCUUGUUUGGAGCCAGGAGCAGCAGCAGUGUUGAGAGGUCUCUUUCACUAAUGAAGAGAAAUGUCAAUCAAUUGAGCAAAGACAGCAAUUCUGUUUGUGAUGAUUCUAUAUUGAAUUCUCCAAAGUCCACUGUAGAUUAUGUACCUUUGUUGAGAAGCAAGCUGGAUGAUAUUGCUGCAGGGCCAAAUUAUAACUCCGAUAUUCCUUUUCUUCCUUGCACAAGUCUAACUAGAAGUUAUCAUCCCUUAAAACCAAAAACCAUGAAAUUCUCCCCAUCGAGGAAAAAUGUAUCAGCUGUCAAAGGCAGAUUAUCUGUGACUAAAUCCAGACCAGACAUGAUCCAGAAGUGCUCAGCCCUUAAGACUUGUCAAGUGCAUUUUGCUGCAGGAAUAGGCAAAGAAGUAGCGGCCUGGUAUCCUGAAGCUGAUGAGCAACAUGAUUUGAUGCACAGUCAUAUUGACAAUAGUUCUGGAAGAGAAGAGAUCUCAAGUGAAGUAUCUUUUGGCAGUAAUACUGUACUAAGAAUCAAGCAAGAUAGAGGAGCAAUCAGUAUAACUCGAAAGUUGAAGAGUUCACAGUUGGCCACUCAAUGUUGUGGGCAUGAUAAGUGUGAAAACGAGGAUUCUUCUGUUAGAGUUCGUGAUCAUUUUCUGGACAAAGUUGUUGACUUAAAAUCAGCUACAAAAGAGGUUUGGAUCCCUGGGGAGGAUAUUGUCUCUGAACUAGCUGCCAAAGAAGCUGUUCAGAAGUUUGAUACAACUUUGUUUCAAUCUCUAGCUCCUGAACUACAACACAAGCUGGGUAGUUUUACCAAGACCCCAUCCAACUCUGUACAAUUUAUUGAUGGUAAUCACGGGCCUCUCUGUGGAGCUGAAGCACUGAAAAGUGCAACCAAGCCAAAUCUUGUUGAUGAACAAGAUAUAUAUUGUGCUGAUAAAGUGGGCAAUGACUUUAUUGGGCAAAAUGUUCUUAUUGGGGAAGAAAUGGAUUCUGAAAUUGGGCAGGAAAACUUUUUUGAAGAGGUAGAUCCAAUACCCAUUCCAGGGCCACCGGGAUCAUUUUUGCCAAGUCCUCGGGGUAUGGGAUCAGAAGAUCUUCAAGGGAACUCAUCAUUAACCACAACAAGCCGGGUUCAAUCGUCUCAAGAUCUGCAUGCCAUUGAUGGGGAUUCGUCAGAUUCUCCUAUUUCUGCAACAUCAACUAUCUCUAAUUCCACAGUUGCUGGAUAUGAUUGGAAGUAUUCCAAACCAUUUUCAUCCGUAGGUCCUCAAUCAAUUCAAGACAAGAUGAGGUCAGUCUUCUCUGUUGCCAGCAUUGAGCCUUCAGCAGAAAGUGUUGCUGUAGUUCCACAGAUAAAGGGUAGAGAAGUAGAAAAACUUAUUUUUGAUGGGGAGAAUAGUAAUGUUAAUAAGAUCUCGAUUGAAAAGUUUUCUCUUAGUUUCAAAGGUGAUGAGCCUUGCUGUUGCCAAAGGAAGGAAAGAGCUUCUCACAGUGCAGCAUUGACUUAUCAAGAAUCACAACUAUUAAAGCGAAGGGCUGCAGCUUCAGUGACAAUGCCUACCAUAGGAAAGCAAAUGAGUUGUAAUCUUAACACAAGACCUGGGAAUUUUGAUGCGAGGCCUGAAAUAAUUCCUCUGAGCAGUUGCCCAAGUUCAAAAUCUGAAAAGGUUGUUUCCCCCAUCAUUAAGUGCCCUGCAGGUCCCAUUUCUUUGAAGGGUUCCCCAGAUGUUGGAGCAAAGUUUCCAGGUCAUGGUAGUUGUGAUUCUGCUAGUCCAGCUGCUUCUAAUCCUGUACUAAGGCUGAUGGGGAAGAAUUUGAUGGUGGUCAACAAAGAUGAGGAUGCAUCAGUGCCAGUAGGGUCUGUCCAAUCAAAUCUCGGCCAACUCAACCCUCUAACUCCAAGGUUUCCAACACUUUCUGAAGUCUCUCCUGUAAAUAUUCAAAAUGAGGUCUACCGCUGCCAUCAUCAUAUGGUCCCUCAUAUAGGCCAGGAUUCACAUAAUUUAUCAGGGCAUUGCUUUGAGGGAAAGUUUUCAAACAGUUUUAGAAGCCAUAAUACAAAGACACCACAAAUGGUUGCGAGAGGGCUGGCAGGCUUUUUUCCAGACCAGCCCCAGGAUGGUGGAUUUAUUUCUUUCAUGGAGUCUCAUGAGCAUGAAAGUCACUUCAAUGUUCCAUCUCAACAGAGCAAGUCUAAGAACAGACCAAAUGGAUCACCCACAUGUAAUAUGGAGAAAUCCUUAACAAUUCCUGAUUGCCAGCAGAUGAGUGCUCGUUCUGCUGCCAAUGCUGAUAGAGAAAUUAUUAUCAUUGAUGACAUCUCCUCUAGUGAAGCCAAUUUAACCACUGAUGUCACGAAGUACUCUGGAGUAUUGAGGGAAAGAAAGGCGGUUUCAUCUGGCAUUCCAAUCCCAGCGGUUUCAAGACAUUUGAACACUUUCGCUUAUUAUCAGUCACAGGACCCUACUCCACUUGGGGAAUUGCCAGCGGUGCACAAAGCCAGCUUUCAUGUAACCCCCUCACUAGGAGCUCAUGCAAGUUCUGCUAGAUGGAGUUGUACUUCAGAAGGUUCUGGUGUGCUGCAGUGGAGCCCCUUUUUUCCUGCGUCACCCUCAACAGGUCAUCUGAGGUCUGCACUGUAUAAUUCUCCAAGCUUGACAUAGGCGCUGCGAGUUUUGUUUGGGAUGGCACAUUUGCACCCGGUCACAAAACAAGGUUUUGCUUCAAAACUGAAAUGAAAUCUUGAGCUGCUCAUAGAUUAAUGAUAGGCAGAAACUUCCGGAGAUAACCGAGAUAAUGGCGGUUGAUCAAAGACAGAACCUGCGCACAAGUUCAGCUGUUGAAAUCUUAGCUUGAGCUGGUAUAUACCGAGUGUGGGUCCAAAGUUACGGAGCUUUUGAGGCUAUCCAUGGGCAUUUUUAAAGCUACCCAGCAAUGUAUAAGCACCCUAUGAAUAAAAGUUGACCAGGAACCUUGCUUUUUAGUCAAUGGACUUGAGCCUCCUUUUAUGGAAAUGUCUAUUUUUUGGGGGAGGGGUGGGUGGUUUAAAUUUUGUGAAGUUGGAGCUGCCUUUUGCACGUGUACUUUUUACUUUCUAAUUUUAUAACACUACCACUAUAAACUUUUGGUCAUCAAAAUCAAUUCUGUCAACUUUUUGAUCA